CGUGAUCUGAUUUAAUCCAAAGCAACUUUAUCGGUUGAACCCACCUGCCCGUUGAGCUCCAUUCCCUAAACUCGUUUGUAUACAUACAAUUACUUUCUCAGUUUCCUCAGUGUAUCCUACCAAUUAGAUAUUUCCCAAAAUUACCACAGCAUACCCAUUUACAUGCUGUUCUGUCCGACAUGUGCUAAUCUGCUUGUAAUAUCCUCGGAAACAGGCUACAAUAAAUGGGCGUGCAAUACGUGCGCAUACGAGUUUCCGAUCUCGAAGCAAAUGACUUCACGCUCGCGUAUGAAACGCAAGGUGGUAGAUGAUGUGCUUGGGGGGGAGGAGACUUGGCGGGAUGCUGAUUCUACUGCAGUCGCUUGUGACAAGUGUGGUCACCCACGCGCGUAUUUCUAUCAGCUACAGAUUAGAUCCGCAGAUGAGCCUAUGACGACGUGUGCGUUUAGCUUACUUCCUCUGGGAUUGGGCUUACGAAAUGUGGGGAUUGUUUUGCUUCUUGGGAUCAGUUUACAGAUGUGCCGGAUGUGCCUACCAGUGGCGCGAAAAUUAAUGGUUCUUCAAAACACAUGAUGCUCCUGAUUCUAAAUAUUUCCACCAAGCGGGUGCUUUAACUUGAGUGAAGGCUUCUCUAAUUUCACGCGUGCACCCCGGAUUCUAGUUGUUUCAGUUGCAUUUCAAGGGUGACACGUUCGUUUGACACCUGGGCCUGAUUAAUCUUGGUUCCAGCCAUCAUGGGGUUUGAUCGUCGCUAGUAGGAAAAUGUUAUUCUCUCGUUGCCGCGAUGGAAAUCAUCCCGUGCACAACGACCGCAGCUCCAGUUGGUUGCAUCAGGAAGUUUGCUGUCUCCGCCCGCAGGCCGCAGCACAGCCCCCUGAUUGGUUCGGCAUCAUUCGCCUAUCUGAUCGCGCAAUGGCAGAAUCCGAUUGCGAGAGAUAAGAUCGAUAAGAUUUCGCGGGUAUUGAC